CUGCAAACUUUAGACAGGGAGGUACCCUAGACCUUCACUGCCAAGCCACAGCCACGGGCAGCUCACUGAUCACUUAUGAAUGGUUUGCAACAGAUUUUGAGGGCAACAGUAAGGACAUGUUGUUAAGUAGAUAUACACUCCAGUCAAAUACUGGCAAGCUUACAAUCAGCAAUCUCAACCAUACUCAGGAUGACGGCUACUUCUACUGUGUAGCAGCGAAUGCUGCUGGAAAAGUGAGGUCCAAACGAUUGGUGAUUCAAGUGGCAUAUCUUGAAGCCUUUCCAAAUGCUGGUGUAUCUGUGAGUGCAAGUGCACUGCAAGGCGGCAAAUUUAGUUAUGAUUAUCCUGUUGUUAAAAGCUUCCCCAAGCCCACAAUAACCUGGACAAAAUCUGGUAGUGCACUUUCUGAGAGUCAACGUUUUAGUUUCUCUGCCACUGGAAACCUCUACAUCGGAAAUGUUGAUGUGAACGACGCUGGUAACUACGAGUCUAAAGUAGAGAACACUGUGACUGGCCAAUCAUUUAACAGAGGAACAAUUGCAUUAGGUGUAACAGGUAAGAUACAUGUACAUCCAGCUGGUAGCUUAAUUGUGUUUCUGAAGUAAAUGUACAUUUUACAAUGUGUAUACUAAUGAAAAUGGAUAAAACAGUUAAAAGUCAUUCAUGUAAAUUUCAUGUGUAAUUCACAAUUUUAUCUUCUAAAGGCUUUGCCAAACAGAGGACUUUGCAAGUCUUUACAUAUGUUUUCACCUUUUGUCUACUUGUCACUCUGUUAAGUAGGCUUCCUGUAGGGACAGCCAGGUAGUAGUUUGACAAAAAAAGAUGUUGAUUUAAUUUGGCCAGGACUUUCAUGCAUGAGUGCUGACAUGAGAUGACUUGUGUUCACUUUAGGGAAGUCUCACAAAAUUUGCCUCUUUUAUUUUCAUGAAGUUCUUCCAAACUAAGUACAUGUACAUGUAACUACAUUAAGGUUGCAGUGAUCCUAGUGACAUACAUUGUAUAAAGGUAAAGAUAAAGUCUGUAUACGAGCUAAGUGGCCCAUCAGGCUGGAGGUUAUCACGGUUUCAGUAGCAUGAAGUGAC